AUGAUGAAUGACAUCUUGACAUCCAUCUUCAUUUACCUGAUCUUGCAACAUAUCGACUUUCUCUUGGGCAAGCUACUCCGGACCACCAUUGACUUGGAGGAUCAAGUCCAGGAGAAAGAACGGAGCAGGAAAGAAACCGAUGACCUGCUGGCCGCCGCCCGACGACUGCUCUCGGUGACCUGUGAUUGCUGUGAGCAACUCACGGAUCGUUUAGAGAUGGUCGAGCCUUCUCAAAACACUUUGGCCAUGUUGCAGAUCAAGAACCCAGAGGAGGACGCGAGGAACGCCAUGUCUCUCCCCUUCUUGCAGUUUAUUUGCACCGAAGACCAGGAUAGAUUUUCACAGUUCAUCGCGGCCUCAGAUUCUCAGGCCCCAUCCUCAUUGCACCUGCGCAUGCAAACCUGCAAGGGUGCGCCCUUUGAGGCUCAAGUCUUCCACGUGAAUGUACCACAAAGCACAUUGGGAUGCUCCCACUGGCACCUCAUUGGUAUCUCCAAGUCGGCUGCCGCUGAGAUGACUAGCAUCCCCGAGCACUGCACGGUGGACCCUUCGCCUUUCAUCCCCCUGCUCAGCGCCCCGCGGCCCCGGAGCCGUCGCUCCGUCUCCAGCGGCUCGCGCUCGGCCGCCGCGUCGACGUCCAGCGGCGCGUCGUCGGAGUGGAGCUCGUCGGCGGCCGCGGCGCAGCUGGAUCGAAGCAUCAAGGAGAUUCAACUGAUUUCACUGGCCGUAGAGCCGGUGGAUUUUGGGGUCUCCUCCGUGAACAUUGUUUUCCACGACGCCAAGACCAUGAACAUCAUGAAUUGGAUCAGCACCAAGAGUGCGUCAGCAGUGCAAGGCUUCAUUCAACACCACUUGAAUUCUUGGCACCAUGCAGAGCGCUCGACUGAUAUUUGCAAACGCGUUAAGUUCCGAGCGCCUGGAACGCGCUCCGCCUUUGUGGCUCAGAUGUCCAUGGGGGAGAUUGAGGGCGAGCCAGGUGAGGGCGAUCCCCGCAAGAUGUCGCAGCGUUUUUGUGCGACGUGCCCAGUUGGCGCAUGGCAGACGGUGAUUUGGCUUCGGGUGAUGGGAAACGAGAAAGGGGGUGCCAUGAUGCUUUGGCACCUCCAACAGCAGCUCUUUGCCAAUGAGUUGGGGGAUCCAUUGCAGAUCUCAGUGAUGAUGAAGGAGUCGCAGGUGAAGACGCUAGCAGGGAAACAUGAGGUCUUGGUGGUCGCCAAUGUCUUGGCAUCGAAAGUGGAGGCCUUCCGCGCUGCUGUCCAGCAGUUGAUCUGGCGGAGGGAGGUGCCCAACGAGGUCUUCGUGGUUCCGGAAAGCUUUGCCAGCUCCAAGAAGGCCAUCCGCAAGCAGCGGCAAGCGCGGCAGCGCGCGCGAGUGCUCUUCGUGGCAAUGACGCAGGAUGCUCCCGACUCUGCGGUGCCGUUGGGCCAGGUGGCGGUCUUUGUGACGGGGAAGCUUCAGCCGUCCAAAGACUUGAAGAAGGAUUGGGACGAUGGCAGCAACAUGGGCACGAUCAAGGAAGUCGCCUUGGCCGUUGUGAAUUCCCUGUCCCCUGAGGGUCGCGUGCGUUGA